AUGGCUCAGGUAUAUGGGAAUUCACGUUCCGAUACGUUAUUUCUAGGUGGUGAGAAAAUUUCUGGCGAUGACAUCCGUAACCAGAACGUUUUAGCCUCUUUAGCAGUGGCAAAUGUCGUUAAAUCAUCUUUGGGGCCUGUUGGUUUAGAUAAGAUGUUAGUCGAUGACAUUGGUGACUUCACCGUUACUAACGAUGGUGCUACCAUUCUCGCGCUUUUGGAUGUUCAGCACCCAGCUGGUAAGAUUUUGGUUGAUUUGGCACAACAGCAAGAUCGUGAAAUUGGUGAUGGUACCACCAGUGUUGUCAUCAUUGCUUCUGAGCUAUUGAAGAAAGCUAAUGAUUUGGUCAAGAACAAAAUCCAUCCAACUACUAUUAUCACUGGUUACAGGGUUGCUCUUAGAGAGGCAAUUCGUUACAUUGAUGAAGUUCUUUCUGUUCCAGUGGACACUCUAGGUAAAGAUACAAUGCUAAACAUUGCAAAGACAAGUAUGUCUUCCAAGAUUAUCGGUUCAGAUUCCGAGUUUUUCAGUAACAUGGUCGUUGAUGCACUAUUAGCUGUUAGAACUCAAAACGCGAAGGGUGAUGUUAAAUAUCCUGUCAAGGCCGUUAACAUCUUGAAGGCCCAUGGUAAGUCUGCUAGGGAAUCCGUAUUGGUUCAAGGUUACGCCUUGAAUUGUACCGUAGCGUCUCAAGCUAUGCCAAAACAAAUCACCGGUGGUAACGUCAAGAUCGCUUGUUUAGAUAUGAAUCUACAAAAAGCUCGUAUGGCAAUGGGUGUUCAGAUCAAUAUCGAUGACCCAGAACAACUAGAGGAGAUUCGCAAGCGUGAAGCUGGAAUCAUCUUGGAUAAAGUGAAGAAGAUUAUUGAUGCUGGUGCUCAAGUCGUCUUGACCACCAAGGGUAUCGACGAUUUAUGUAUCAAAGAAUUUGUUAAUGCCAAGGUUAUGGGUGUUAGACGUUGUAAGAAGGAAGAUUUAAGAAGAAUCGCCCGCGCCACUGGUGCCACACUAGUCAGCGAUAUGUCGAACUUAGAAGGAGAUGAAGUAUUUGAAUCAUCAUAUUUGGGUACAUGUCAAGAAGUGGUUCAAACCAAGUUUUCAGAUGAUGAGUGUAUCCUAAUCAGAGGCACUCAAAAACAUUCCUCGUCUUCCAUCGUAUUACGUGGUCCUAACGAUUACUCGUUAGACGAAAUGGAACGUUCCUUACAUGACUCGCUAUGCGUAGUAAAGAGAACACUUGAAAGUGGGAAUGUCGUACCAGGUGGUGGAUGUGUGGAAACUGCAUUGAACAUCUACCUAGAUAACUUUGCUACUACCGUUGGAUCAAGAGAACAACUAGCUAUUGCAGAAUUUGCCAACGCAUUACUAGUGAUCCCCAAGACCUUAGCCGUCAACGCUGCCAAGGACUCCAGUGAAUUAAUCGCCAAGUUAAGAUCGUACCAUGCGGCUAGCCAGCAAGCGAAACCAGAUGACAUAAAGAGGAGAAAGUACCGUAACUACGGACUAGAUCUAAUCAAGGGUAAGAUCGUAGAUGAAGUUCAUGCCGGUGUCCUUGAGCCAACCAUCAGUAAAGUUAAAUCCUUGAAAUCGGCUUUGGAAGCAUGUAUCGCCAUUCUAAGAAUUGACACAAUGAUAACAGUGGACCCAGAACCUGAAAAGGAAGGAGACGCCUGUGCUUAA